GAAACAGACCACAGAGCGGAAAGCAGUACGCAAGUCAUCGCGAAAAACUGGAAAAUCUAAUGAAAUCGUUUGUGUGAUUAUAUUGUGUUGUACAUUCUGGAAGGAUGUUGUCUAAACUCGAUCUUGUGCCGCUGAAAUACCGAGACACAUUCACACAGUAUGUGGAUUCGUGUGCAGAAAACAUCCUGCGGUUGCAGGAUAUAUGGGAAGAUUGUGGCAUCGAGCAGAGUAAACUCGACAGCCGCAUGCAUAAGUUAUUCAUCUGGUUCCAAGAGAGAUGGAGCACCAUAAUCGAUGAUGAAUUACAAGAGCUCGAAGCGAAACGAGAGCGGGUGCAGACAGCUCUCAAGGAUCUCGAGGAGCUUUCUCUCCAACUAGAGAUCGAUGGACCCAAGAAACCAGAAAACUUGAACCUCCAACAGCAAUUAGACUGGGUCGACGUGACAACCUCGAAGAUGGACGAGAUCCGUGUUGCGAGACUGGCUCAGCUCGACGACCUACUCUCAGCCCAGAAAAGCAUCAUCGCCACCAUGACCGACCUCAAAGUGUAUGAAUUGCCGAAAUCUAAAAUUAUACCCAGCGAGCGAGAGCUUCAGGAGCUCCAAACACACGUGACUAUGGCUCGCAAGGAGAAGCGUAUGCGCCUAGACAAACUUUGCCCGAUCCUGGACGCCGCCUCGAGGCUCAUGGAGUCCAUGGGCAAGAUUCCCAAUAAGGAGAUCGAGGAUCGAAUUCUCUGCACGCCGUCCGACCAGUGGGAUUUGACGCAGACCAAUAUCCAGCUAGCUGCGGACACUCUCGAAGAGUUGGAAGCUGAAGAGAGAGAACUUCAGGCGCGUUACGCGACACUCCGGAGUUCUUUACUGAAACUUUUUGACCGUCUGGAGAUCACGCAGGUCGAGAGGGACGAACUUCUUGCUGAUGUGGAAGCCAAAACAUACCAGAGUAUCCGACGUCUCGAAGACAUGGUGGAGGAAUACGAGGAACUCAAGAAGGCAAAUAUGGGUCGUUUCGUUGACCGUCUUAAACUAGAAGCAGAAGAGUGGACAAAGAAUCUGCGAACCGGAGAAGCUCUAGCGCCGAUCCCGGGAGAGCCUAGCGAAGAGUUGGUUGCAGCCUACGAGAAGCUCAUCGAAAGCCUCAAGGAAAAGCAUGCGAAACUAACUCCGCUAUUUAAACUUCUGGACGAGAAAGCCUCGCUAAUGGAAAUGCUCCACGAGUUGGAGGAAGCGCAGAAAGACCCGAACAGGUAUAAGAACAGAGGUGGCGCGCUUCUGCUCGAGACGAAGAAGCGAGAGCGCGUGAAUAAGAAUCUGCCGCUCGUCGUGAAACAAAUUGUGAAGUUCUUGGACUCCUAUGAGCCGAUAAAUGGUCCCGUCAAUAUCGAUGGGAAGCCCAUCCGCGAUGAGAUCAGCAUUCUCGAGGAGAAGAAGUCGCGCCAAAACAACACAACCUCGUUCACCCCUUUGAAAGCAUCCAGAACAACGCCAUCUACCCCCGCGACGACGAAUAGACUGUACCAGCCGAGUACCACAAGAUCCGGCCUGUUGAAGCGAGCUGGCACUUACACGGAGCUCAAGCCUAAGGCCAGCAGCCUGAGGACUCCGGCAGGUCGGAAGGCCCCAGAUACCGUUGGUAAAGUCUACACCCGUCAGAUGACUAUGAAAAGUCCUAACAGUAAGAGCACGACAAAACUGACGACCGUGAAGACAGCUCUGCGGAAGUCAACAUCCUACGGGGACUUUGAGAGUAUCAUGAAUGCAAAUGACCGGCAGUCAACUCGGAUAUUGCAAUCUUCGAACGGAAGGAAACGUAAAUUGUUCUGAACAUGACGGAAUAAGUUGGCGAACAGUGACUGAGUUUUUGUAGACAGCGGUGUAACUGGCCCCGAGCCGGCUCCCGUCAUUGUGUUCCGACGAUUUUAUUUGGUUCUUUGUAAAAAAAAUCAUCCGACAACUUCAUGCGCCUUCCUUGAUAUUGAGUAAGCCACUCGAAUCCAGAAAAAUACUGUUGCGUCGCAGGUCGCCAAGAUGUGUACGUGGCCACCGAUAUCGGCCUCCCUUAGAGGAUCAGGUCAAAAUCCAGCAAGUACUCCCGAAUGAGAAAUUCAGACGCAAACCCGGAAAUUUUGUGAAUUCUCACAAGGGUUCGCAGUCUAUAAUUUACUUAAGUUAUCAUUCAAAUUCGGCGAAACUAUUCGCGCCCGCAUUGUCUUGGCUUGUAUCGAAUCGAAGCUUGGGAAACAAUUCAUCUGUUGUAUCCUGCAGAUAAUGGCGGGCAGCUGAGGCGAAUACC